AUGAACGGCCACUUUGCGGCGGUCGGCAAUGGGCCGGGGCAUAAACAGUUCGGCCAUGGCAUCCAGGUGAUUGACGAGGAGAAAGCAUUUAACGCGCACCUCAAUGAAUACCUCUCAGAGACACAGGUCGCCGAGGCGGGUUUCAACUACCACCUCAUUUCUGUCUUCGGCUCGCAGUCGACGGGGAAGUCGACGCUCCUAAACCACCUCUUUGGCACCGAGUUCAGCGUCAUGUCCGAGUCCGAGCGACGCCAGACGACUAAGGGAAUCUGGAUGUCCAAGAACAAGAAAGAGGGCGCCAACGCGGAUGGCGCAAAGAUGGCCGAGAACAUUCUGGUCAUGGACGUCGAGGGCACCGACGGCCGCGAGCGUGGCGAGGACCAGGACUUUGAGCGCAAGAGCGCCCUUUUCGCCCUAGCUACGAGCGAGGUGCUUAUUGUCAACAUAUGGGAACACCAGGUCGGCCUGUACCAGGGUGCAAACAUGGGCUUGCUAAAGACCGUCUUUGAAGUAAACCUGCAGCUCUUUUUGAAAGACCGAAAGGCACAAAGUCCUCGCUCCCUGCUCUUCUUCGUCAUUCGCGACCACAUCGGGAAUACGCCCCUCUCCAAUCUGCGCAACACGUUGAUCCAAGACCUAUCCAAGAUAUGGUCGUCCAUCUCGAAGCCUCAGGGGCUCGAAAACUCCAAGAUCGACGACUACUUCGACUUUGCCUUUGCCGCUCUCCCCCACAAGGUCCUCCAACCCCAGCAGUUUCUGGCUGAGGUCGACAAGCUCGGCGCUCGCUUCGCCGCCGGCCACCGGUCGACCAAGGACCAGGAAUUCGUCGGGGGCGUGUUCCUGCCCGAGUACCACCGGAGGAUACCCGCUGACGGGCUGUCGGUGUACGCGGAGGGAGUAUGGGACCAAAUCACCAACAACAAGGAUCUCGACCUGCCGACGCAGCAGGAGCUCCUGGCGCAGUUCCGAUGCGACGAGAUUUCGCGCGAAGUUCUCGUCGGCUUUGACGAGAUCAUUGCCCCGCUCGAAGAGCAGCAGGCUGAGUCGACACGUCUCGGAAAGGCGUCGGUGCUGGCGAACCUCGGCGCCACGGGAGCUGCGGCCCGGGAGAAGUGCGUCAAAGCGUUCGAGACGCAGGCUAGCAGAUACCACAAGGGCGUCUAUACCACCAAGCGCGGCGAGCUCGAGAGCAAGAUCGAUUCGCGGCUCAAGGCCCUGUACCAGGCACAGCUGUCGGCGGCGCACAAGGCCGGCGUGGCUGCUUUCAGCGACGCCGUGACAAAUGCUGUCAAGACCGGACAAAAGUCCGGAGGCUCAUACGAGUUUGCCGAGAUCGUCGAGAAGCAGAAGCGGAAGACGCUGGAGUUCUUCAAGAAGGAAGCUCAAAGUCUACUGAUCCAGGGCGUGGCGUGGUCCAACUUCAAGCCACAGUACCGGUUGUUCGAGAAGGAGCUCGACGAGGUCAGCGCCCGGCUGCGCAAGGAGGAGAUGCGGCGGCUGGCUAUCCGCGUCGAGCGGUGGGUCAAGUCUCGGCUCGGCGAUGCUAUCGGUCUUGAGUUCAACAAGCUGGGUUCUGGUCGAGGCGGGUCCGGCGCGCCUGAAACCGGCGAGAAGCCCCCGACGGAGAAGGACCUGUGGGAUCGCAUAUGGACCGUCUUCAUCGGCAUUGUCAAGGAAGCUGAAACCCGCUUCACGGACCGGGCCAAGAGCUUCGAGGCGAACGAGGAGGAGGUCGAGGUUGGCCUCUGGCGGCUGCGGCGCAAGAGCUGGGUGGCGCUAAGAGAAAGAAUCGAGGAGGAAGUCAUGGAGAGCAACAUCCUCAUGAAGCUCCGCGAGAACUUUGAGGACAAGUUUCGCUACGACGAAGAAGGCGUGCCCCGCAUCUGGCGCCCCACAGACGACAUCGAGGGCAUCUACACGCGGGCUCGCGAGUCCACGCUCUCGCUCAUCCCGCUCUUGUCCAGGUUCAGGUUAGCCGAGACGUACGCACCCCCGGAUCUGCCGGCUUUCAUUGGCCUGCAACCAGCCGGCGCCGAGACGGAAGACGAGGAGGACCUUGCCCCCAUCGGCGGCGUUGAUGAGGAGGAGGGCAAGAGCCUCGAAGAGGAGAUGACGGUCCUCAGCGAGAGCAAGAGGCAGGACCUGGUGGUCAGGUUCAAGAAGAUGGCUGAUGGAGUUUAUGUUGAGGCCAAGCGGAGCGCGAUUGGCGGCAUGACUCAAGUACCACUCUACUUUUAUGUCGUCCUCUUGGUCCUGGGGUGGAACGAGAUUGUCAUGGUUUUGCGAAAUCCCAUGUUGUUCGUCCUCAUCCUGAUCAUGGCCGGCGGAACUUAUGUGGCAUACAACCUGAACCUCCUCGGUCCAAUGAUGCAGAUGGCAAACGCGGCCACCAACCAGGCCGUUGAGAUCGGCAAGGAGAAGCUGCGCGAAUUCCUCGCGAACAAUGAGACGGCCCGGCAGGCCCUCGCCAUGCCAGCCACGACCAAACCGCGGGACAGCGAUUCCAUCAGUAUGGAAUCCUUGGAUAGCCGCGGCAAGCGGAGACAACAGUCUGCCGACGAUGAUGACAUUUAG